GUGGCUGGUCAGUUUGUUGCUUACAUUUGACAACCAAAUCGUGACUGUUCAGAUCAGCUCAGCUCGCCCCUCGAUCCUCCUGCAGUGGUCAGAUCGGGCAGAUCAGGCAGCAACACGAGAGAUGACAGAUGACACCGUCGCCUCAGGGGUCACGUGGUCCUGUCCCGUCAGCGUCGCCCGUCUCUCCUCCUGCAGCUGAAACUGUAGCCGAAUGACGUCACGAAUACAAAGGUUGGAGAUCUGAGAAAACCUCAGCAGGAAGAACCAGACGCUCGCUCCCGUCAGUGCGGGAGACCCAACCGUCACCUCUCCAAAGUGAAAACUCGCUGCUCGGGCUCGGGUGGAUUCGGCGGCCUCCAUCGCGGGCUUUUAUUUUGAAGGCUUCCACACCGGACCCGCCCUCCGCCGAGCUGGGUUCCUGGAUUUUUCUGCUUGUCAAUCCGACAACCAGAAAGGCUCCGCGAGAGGGACUCGGUGGUCUGGGAGGGUCCGACUCGACCCGGUGCGAACUGGCUGCGGUGCGGCCGCGGAUGCGCUGCCGCUGCUCCCGCGGCUCCUCCUGCGGCUCCUGCCGCCGCGUCUCUCGCGCGGCUCCACGGUGGUCGCGUCCGGCUCAUCCCGAGGAUUAACCGUGUGGAUUCGUCGUCUGCUCCGAACCGACACCGGCUGGCGAUUCCUUGUGGCGAACCCUCGUCCUCCGCGCGUGUCGCACGCGCUCGGGUCGCUGAAUGAGCCGCGGUGAUGUGAACAUGCAGCGGGACUGAGGAGGAGACGCGGGCGCGCGGCUGCGGGAUUAGAGUGAGGGGGAUUAUAUUCUCCUGGCGCGGACUCCACCAUCACAUGCCGCUUCGGACCUGGAUCUCUGGGAGGCGUCAAGCCCCACUUCAGCGGAACCCUCGGCUUCCCUCCCAGAUCUGUCACUGCACUCUUCUGGCCAACUUUUCCGAAGCCAUUUGUCGCGGCUGGAGGCUCGAGCUCGGCGGAUCCUUCUCACCAUCUGAAUGAAAUCUUCUGGCCGGUCAGUCCUCUCUCUCAGGCGGCCGUGUGGCGGCCCGGCCUCACGCCGCCAUGCAGCUCCCGGUGCGGACACCGAGCGUGAGAUGAUGAUGAUGAUGAUGAUGAUGAUGAUGAGUGUGAGCGGAUAUUGGCUGAAGAUCUAGUUCCCGCGCAGCAUGCCCGCCUCUCCUGGACCUGCGUGAACUCGAGCGGAGCUGGUUCUGAUCAUCUCUUCCUGCGGGUCUUCAUCCCAUGAGCUGACAUGUCGGACCGGAGCGCCCCGCCCUGCCGCCUCAGACUGGACUGGGUCUACGGCUAUCGGGGCCACCAGUGUCGGAACAAUCUCUACUACACGGCCGGGAAGGAGGUGGUCUACUUCGUGGCUGGAGUGGGCGUGGUCUACAACACCAGAGACCACACUCAGAAGUUCUACCUGGGACACAACGAUGACAUCAUCAGCUUGGCCUUGCAUCCUGAGCGCUCCCUGGUGGCCACAGGUCAGGUGGGGAAGGAGCCGUUCGUCUGUGUUUGGGACACCUUCAGCGUCCAGACGGUGUCGCUGCUCCGGGACGGGCACAGCCAUGGCAUCGCCUGUCUGGCCUUCAGUGCAGACGGACAGCGCUUGGCUUCGGUGGGUCUGGAUGCCAAGAACAGCGUUUGUAUCUGGGAGUGGAAGCGAGGGAAGAUCCUGGCCACAGCCACGGGCCACUCGGACCGAAUCUUCGAUGUCUGCUGGGAUCCGUUUCAGCAGAACCGUCUGGUGAGCUGUGGAGUCAAGCACAUCAAGUUCUGGUCCCUGUGCGGAAACGCUCUCACUCCCAAACGUGGGAUUUUCGGCAAGAUGGGCGACCUGCAGACCAUCCUGUGUGUGGCGGCGGCCAAAGAAGACACCACCUACUCCGGAGCGCUGAACGGAGACAUCUACGUGUGGAAGGGCCUGAGCCUGGUCCGGACGGUGCAGGCGGCACACGGGGCUGGGAUCUUCAGCAUGUACUCGUGCGAGGAAGGUUUCGCCACCGGAGGCAGGGACGGGUGCAUCCGACUGUGGGACGUCGACUUCAAGCCCAUCACCAAGAUUGACCUGAGGGAGGCGGAGCAGGGAUACAAAGGUCUGUCCAUCCGCAGCGUGUGCUGGCGAGCCGACCGGAUCCUGGCCGGGACUCAGGACAGCGAGAUCUUUGAGGUGAUGGUUCGGGACAGAGACAAACCUGUGCUGAUCAUGCAGGGUCACAGCGAGGGGGAGCUCUGGGCUCUGGACGUUCACCCCAAAAAGCCUCUGGCUGUGACCGGCAGUGACGACCGCUCCGUCAGGCUGUGGAGUCUGGUGGACCACGCGCUCAUCGCCCGCUGCAACAUGGAGGAGGCCGUGCGCAGCCUGGCCUUCAGUGUGGACGGCUCCCAGCUGGCCCUGGGCAUGAAGGACGGCUCCUUCACCGUGCUGAGAGUCAGAGACAUGACCGAGGUGGUCCACAUCAAGGACCGGAAGGAGGUGAUCCAUGAAAUGAAGUUCUCGCCGGAUGGAGCCUACCUGGCCGUGGGCUCCAACGACGGGCUGGUGGACAUUUAUGCCGUCUCUCAGAGGUACAAGAAGGUGGGCGAGUGCAGCAAGUCCAGCAGCUUCAUCACUCACAUGGACUGGACCCUGGACAGCAAGGUCCUGCAGACCAACGAUGGCGCUGGAGAGCGACUCUUCUACAGGAUGCCAAUGGGCAAGCUGGUCGGGAAGGAGGAGGUCAAGGGUCAGCGCUGGGCUUCCUGGAGCGGAGUCCUGGGGCCAGAGGUCAGCGGUAUUUGGCAGAAGUACUCCAACCUAACGGAGAUCAACGCGGUGGACGCCAACCACUCGGCCGCUGUUGUGGUGACCGGAGACGACUGCGGCCUGGUGAAGCUCUUCCGCUUCCCCUGCCUCAGGAAAGGAGCCAAAUUCAAGAAGUACAUCGGCCACUCGGCUCACGUCACCAAUGUUCGCUGGUCACAUGACCUGCAGUGGGUCCUGAGCACGGGCGGCGCCGACCACGCCUUGUUUCAGUGGAGGUUCCAGCCGGAGGCAGUCAUGAACGGCGGGCUGGACGUCGCCGUCCUCGACAGCCACGGAGACUCCAACAGCGAGGAGUCGGACAGCGACGUGUCCGACGUGCCAGAACUGGACUCCGACAUCGAGCAGGAGACUCAGAUCAGCUACGACCGACAGGUCUACAAGGAGGAUCUGCCUCAGCUGCGUCAGCAAAGCAGGGAGAAGAAGCAGCAAGUGGGCUCCCUGAAGAGACAGAGGGGCCCCGACCAGGGCCUGCGCCUGCAGUUUGUGCACGGGUACCGUGGCUACGACUGCCGAAACAACCUCUUCUACACUCAAGGAGGGGAGGUGUUGUACCACGUGGCGGCGGUGGGCGUGGUCUACAACCGACAGCUGCACACUCAGCGCUUCUACCUGGGCCACGACGACGACAUCCUGAGCCUCAGCAUCCACCCGCUCAAGGACUUUGCCGCCACGGGACAGGUGGGGAGGGACCCGGCCAUCCACGUGUGGGACGUCCAGACCCUCAAGUGUCUGUCCCUGCUGAGAGGCUUCCACCAGAGGGGGGUCAACGCUCUGGACUUUUCUGCCGACGGGAAAAGCCUGGUGUCGGUGGGAGUGGACGACUGGCACUCCAUCGUGGUGUGGGACUGGAAGAGAGGAGAGAAACUGGCCACCGCCAGGGCUCACAAGGAGAAGAUCUUUGUGGUCAAGUGUAACCCAAUGCUGAUGGACAAACUGGUGACGGUGGGCAUCAAACACAUCAAGUUCUGGCAGCACGCAGGUGGCGGUCUGACCUUCAGGCGCGGCGUCUUCCGGAGCCUGGGGCGACCUGAGACCAUGAUGUCGGUGUGCUAUGGCCGCAGUGAGGCGCUGGUGUUCUCUGGCGCGGCCAACGGAGACGUCUACAUCUGGAAGGAGCCUCUGCUGCUGAAGACCGUCAAAGCUCACGACGGACCUGUGUUCGCCAUGUUCUCCCUGGACAAGGGUUUUGUGACGGGUGGCAAGGACGGGAUCGUGGAGCUGUGGGACGACAUGUUCGAGCGCUGCCUGAAGAGCUACGCCAUAAAGAGAGCCGUGCUGUCGCCGGCUUCUAAAGGUCUCUUGCUCGAGGACAACCCCUCCAUCAGGGCCAUCACUCUGGGGCACGGUCACAUCCUGGUGGGAACCAAAAACGGCGAAGUUCUGGAGAUGGACAAGACUGGACCCAUGACCCUGCUGGUGCAGGGUCACAUGGAGGGCGAGGUCUGGGGUCUGGCUGCUCACCCCCUGCUCCCCAUCUGUGCCACGGUCAGCGAUGACAAAACCCUGCGUCUGUGGGAAACCUCUGCCAACCACCGCAUGGUGGCCGUGCGCAAGCUGAAGAGAGGGGGCCGCUGCUGUGCCUUCUCCCCGGACGGAAACGCUCUGGCCGUGGGUCUGAGCGACGGCGGCGUCUUGGUGGUGAACGCUGACACGCUGGAGGAUCUGCUGAGCUUCCACCACCGCCGCGACGCCAUCUCUGACCUCCGCUUCACCCCAGACACGGGGAAGUACCUGGCCGUGGCCUCUCACGACAGCUUUGUGGACUUGUACAACGUGCUGACCAGUAAGAGAGUGGGCAUCUGCAAAGGACCGUCCAGCUACGUCACACACAUCGACUGGGACUCCAGAGGUAAACUGCUGCAGGUCAACACUGGAGCCAAGGAGCAGCUGUUCUUUGAAGCUCCGCGAGGUAAACGACAGGUCAUCAAGAACUCGGAGCUGGAGCGGCUGGACUGGUCCAGCUGGACCUGUGUUCUUGGUCCCAGCUGUGAAGGCAUCUGGCCCACCCACAGUGACAUCACCGAGGUCAACGCCACCUGCCUCACCAGAGACCGCACGCUGCUGGCCACCGGGGACGACUUUGGCUUCCUCAAGCUCUUCAGCUACCCGGUCAGGGGUCAGUACGCUCGCUUCAAGCGCUACGUGGGCCACAGCGCUCAGGUGACCAGCGUGCGCUGGGCUCACGACGACUCGGCGCUCCUGACGGUGGGCGGGGCCGACACGGCGCUGAUGAUCUGGGCCCGAGAGCGAGGGGCGGCCUUCGCCGGAGAGGGCGAGGCCCCGCCCUUCCAUGACAGCCGCCCCCCGGUGGACAGCGAGGAGUCGGACGAUGACGUGGAGGAGGACGGAGGGUACGACAGUGACGUGGCCCGAGAGAAGGUGGUGGAUUACAUCACCAAGAUGUACGCGCUCAGCAUCAGAGAGAUGUGUGGGACCAAGCCUCACCAGCAACUGAAGGAGAUGUCGGCGGAGGAGAGACCUCCGGUGAGUCGAGCGGCGCCGCAGCCCGAGAAGCUGCAGAAGAACAACGUCACCAAGAAGAAGAGAUUAGUGGAGGAGCUGGUCUUGGACCACGUCUUUGGAUUCAGGGGCCACGACUGUCGAAACAACCUUCACUACCUCAAUGACGGUGCAGAGAUCGUCUACCACACUGCCUCCACUGCCAUCGUCCACAGCCUCAGCUCCGGAACUCAGAGCUUCUACCUGGAACACACUGACGACAUCCUGAGUCUGACGGUCAACCAACAUCCCAAGUACAAGAACGUCAUUGCCACCGGGCAGAUCGGUAAUUCUGCGAGGGAGCGAGAGAGAGGCAACACGCCCUCCAUCCACGUCUGGGACGCCAUGAGCAAACACACCCUGUCCAUCCUGCGCUGCCCGCACACCAAGGGGGUGGGCUACGUCAACUUCAGCGCCACCGGGAAGCUGCUGCUGUCUGUGGGGGUGGAGCCUGAACACACCAUCAGCGUGUGGCGCUGGCAGGAGGGCUCCAGGGUCUGCAGUAAGGCCGGCCAUCCCGACCGGAUAUUUGUGGUGGAAUUCCGUCCCGACUCGGACUCUCAGUUCGUGUCGGUGGGAAUCAAACACGUGAAGUUCUGGACGCUGGCCGGCGGUGCUCUGAUGUACAAGAAAGGAGUGGUGGGGAAGGUGGAGGAUGGGCGGAUGCAGACCAUGCUGUCGGUGGCCUUCGGAGCCAAUAACUUGACCUUCACCGGCGCCAUCAACGGGGACGUGUACGUGUGGCGGGACCAUUACCUGCAGAGAGUGGUGGCCAAAGCUCACACUGGGCCGGUCUUCACCAUGUACACCACCCUGAGGGACGGGCUCAUCGUGACGGGGGGCAAAGAGAGACCAACCAAGGAAGGAGGUGCCGUGAAACUGUGGGAUCAGGAGAUGAAGCGGUGCCGUGCUUUUCAGCUGGAGACUGGACGGACGGUGGAGUGUGUGCGCUCGGUCUGCAGAGGGAAGGGUAAGAUCCUGGUGGGAACCAAAGAUGGCGAGAUCAUGGAGGUCGGCGAGAAGAACGCGGCGUCCAACCUGCUGCUGGACAGUCACGCUCUGGGAGGCAUCUGGGGUCUGACCGCUCACCCCUUGAAAGAGCUUUGCAUCACUGCCAGCGACGACGCCACCAUCAGGGUGUGGGACCUGAACGACAAGAAACUGCUGAACAAAGUGUGUGUCGGCACAGCGGCGCGGUGUGUGAGCUACAGCGCCGACGGGGAGAUGCUGGCGGUCGGGAUGAAGAACGGGGAGUUCCUCCUCCUGCUGGCCAGCUCGCUGAAGGUGUGGGCCAAGAAGCGCGACAGGAGCGCCGCCGUCCAGGACAUCAGGUUCAGUCCAGACCGCCGGCUCCUGGCUGUCGGGUCCUUGGAGAACAUGGUGGACAUUUAUGACGUGAGCGCAGGUCCAAGUCUGAGCCGGCUGAUUUACUGCUGUGACAUCCCUGCUCUGAUCCUGCAGCUGGACUUCUCUGCAGACGGCUGCUACAUUCAGGUGUCCUCGGGAGCUUACACUCGACAGGUGUUUGAGAUUCCUUCAGGAAAGCUGGUGAGCGACCAGGUGCUGAUGGACAGGAUCACGUGGGCGACUUGGACCAGUGUGAUGGGCGACGAGGUUCUAGGCGUCUGGCCGCGGAACGCCGAGAAGGCCGACGUCAACGCGGCGUGCGUGUCGCACACGGGCCUCAACAUCGUCACCGGGGACGACUUCGGCCUGGUCAAGCUCUUCGACUUCCCCUGCCCCGACAAGUUUGCCAAACACAAGCGCUACCUCGGCCACUCGGCUCACGUGACCAACGUCCGCUUCUCACAUGACGACAAGUACGUGAUCAGCACAGGAGCGGACGACUGCAGUGUAUUUGUGUGGAAGUGCCAGUAACGCUUUGCCACAAAGCACCUUACCAACAACAACAACAACAACAACAACAACACCACCACCACCAACACCACAAGUGGAUCCAGAGGGAGUCAGAGCCAGGAUGGAACACCUCCGCGCUGCCCUCCACUCCUGGACUCACGAGGAUCCUGGGAGGGCGGUUUGUGUUUACAGCUUCAUCUUGCAGCCACGUGUGGGUUUGGGUGAGGAGUGGAGGAGCUGGGAGUCCAAUGUUCGGGACACACUUGAACACUUGCCACAAGUCUUACGAGUCGUGAGGCCGACUAGAGCUGAGGAGUGCGGCGCCUGAAACACAGAGCCUUUACUUCCGUGGCAGAACAUUGUCUCACCUAAGUGCCUUCCUGGAUCUUUCUACCUGAGCGUGUGUUUCUUCUGUCUGGUGCUACACUGAGAAUGUCCCACUCCUCACUCUCUCUCACUCACUCUCUCACUCACUCACUCACGCCAAGUUGUUGUGGUUCCUCGAGGACCCACCGCGCGGUGAACAUUCCAGAGGCAGGUCACACGUGUGUGUGCUCGCUGUCGUGAGGCCUGUGUCUCUGUAUGGAAGACCAACCCAAGGUCCAGGAGUUCCCAGGGUCAUCAGCACCUGCUGCGGGGGCAUCACCCCACCCUACAGUUCCCACGUGGGAACCUGUCCACUGGCACAGAAUUGGAGCUGAGCCACAAGGCUGGAGACAGAGCCAGGAGCAGGUGUUGGAGAGAGUUGAUGCAGUUCAAGAAAAGCUGCGGCUGGACUCUGACUGGUGACUGUGGGGGCGGAGCCAGCUGUCUGAGGACUUGGAGAGGAGCAGAGGAACAUGGAGGAGUCGGCCUCCACCUGCCGGUGCCACUCCAGAUGACUGCGCUCCUCCUGUCUGCGGCCGGCUCCUGAGACAGAGGUUUCCAAGCCGUCACCUUUCCUCUCGGCCUGAUGUAUAUGAAGAAGUAAUGUCCAAACUAUUUAAACCUUGAUGUUUCUAGGGUAAAAAAAGAAGUAGGGCAUCAUGAAGAUGCCUGUGAUGUUAGUGGUAUGUGUUGUGUGAAACGUUGCCAGGGCGCGGCCACACGAGGCCCAGGAGCGGCCGGUCCAGGAGGCGCCUCCCGCGGGCCCAGCUCCUUCCUUGAGUUGGGUCAGACUGCACAUGGCAAUGUCAACUGGUGCAUGAGUUUAUUUUUCAACCCAAAUGUGUUUGUGGGGCAAAAAUGUCAUGCUGCGAAUCGAUGGUUGCUCUUUUUAUACCGACUUCCUCCUGUGUGUGUGUGUGUGUCCACAACAAUCAGAUUAAAUGAGGCUGGCGCAGGUUCAAGGCGUGAUUGGGGUUUGUCAGCUUGGACAGCAGGUGGCGCUAGUGAGCAUGGCGGGGUCCCAGCGGCUCACAUCUUCUCCCGCAGAAGAGCCUGGCUCCAGACGGUGCUCCAGUUGCCGCCCCGCCCCGGCCUGCACCCUCACCUGACCUCUGUGGCCCUGGGUGUCUUGUGUUUAGAGGACCAACACCAGACUGGUUGACCAUAGCGAGGGUCACACAAACAUCUGCUCACAACCCUCGGCAGCGAUGCUGAAGAAAGGAACUGCAGCAAAGACCGGUUAUGACAGGUGCAUGGAAAUGGAGCGAGUGUCCCAAGAUAGAAAGAUACACAGGCCCCAAAAUGAAGACAUGAGAGGCGUUAGCUCCUCAGAUUUGUCUUUGAUCCGGUGACUCCAACAAGCCCCAGAGCGACACCUCUGAAGGUCAACACACGACCUUCCAUCCCAUCACGACUGGACGAGCGUGACGCGCGCGCGCCGUCUCCACGGUAAGACGUCACUGACAAACGCUUCUCUUUUCCUUUGCCGCGGUGACUGACGCGGUUUCUGGUGACAGUGAUAUUUCUGCCUGCGGAUCCCGACGUGUCCAGAGCCAGAGCCAGCUCUGGGUUCGGUUCCGAAGAGUCGCACCGCUGACUGUCAACAUGACUGUCCCCAUCACGUCCGCAGGACGGCGGUCACGUGUUAACGGUGCGGGUUGAUAUCCCGCGCUUCGAGUGGAACGUUCUCAGGAUCAUUUCCAAGAAUCGGUCCCCGCCAGGUGACGCACGCACGCACGCCACAGCAGCUCGUGUGUUGCCA